ACUAUUUUGGCGGGGAUUGAAAUUUUAGAAAUGAAAAAAAUGAUGGGUGCCAAGAAUGGGCUGAAUGUUAGGGCUAUGGGAGAGGUGCCCAACGUUGAUGUUUCUAAUCAUCCAUCCACCAUCGACAUAGGAGUAGACGGUAAGGUGAGGAAGCUGAAAUCUCCGGAGCCUCUGUUACGGCUAUUUCAGCCGGGAGAGUAACGAACCCAAAUAAGGUUUCAUUUUCAAGCUCAGCUCUCUUUGUUUUUUUUUGUUUUGUUUUUUUUUUUUCAUUUUGCUUACUUUCAAGAUAUGGGUAAGCUUCCUUCUUCUUUUAUUCUUCGUUCACUUGUUAAUGGUGGAAGCCAUCUUUCUAACUUCCACUCUUCUUCUUCUUCUUCUUCUAACACCAUUGCUCCCCACAUCAAAGCCUUAAGUAAGAAAGCCAUGUCUGUUAGAGGAAAGGGAAAAGGGGAUGAUGGCUUCGAGAAUGUUGAUCAUGCUUUGAUUUUGUUCAAUAAGAUGAUUGGCAGCCAGAUGGAAUUAUUAGGCGUUUCCCAUGAUGUUUAUUCUGUGAGCAUCUUGAAGUUAGGUGUUGAACCUAGUGCUGUAACUUCUUCAACUUUGAUAAAUGGGCUUUGUAAUCAAAGUAAGAUUUCUGAGGCCGUUUGUAUGUUCGAUGAAAUGACUGAAAAAGGUAUCAACCUAAUUUGAUUGUUUACAAUACACUACUUAAGGGGUUGUCUAAGACCGGCAAUACUGAUAGAGCUGUUAGGUUUCUAAGGUUGAUGGAAGGCAGAGGUUAUGAACCCAAUAUUGUAGCAUAUAGCACUGUCAUUGACUGUCUUUGUAAGAACGGGUUGUUAAAGGAGGCUCUCGACCUCUUCUCUGAAGUGAAGGUUAAAGGCAUUAGACCAAAUAUCUUUACUUAUAACUGCUUAAUUCAUGGUAUGUGUAAUUUGGGCCAGCAGGAGGAGGCAACAAGGCUUUUGAAUGAAAUGGUUGAUAACAAUAUUUUACUUAAUAUUGUCACAUAUACUUUAUUGAUUGAUACACUUUGCAAGGAAGGAACGAUUUCUAAAGCUGUAGAGAUCGUUGACACAAUGAGAAAGCAAGGCAUUGAGCCUGAUGUUGUCGCGUAUAAUACAUUGGUUCAUGCGCAUUGCAAGGAAGGGAUGGUCUCUGAAGCUGAGGAUAUUGUUGACGCAAUGAUAAAGCGAGGCAUUGAGCCUGAUGUUGUUACCUAUAGUGCAUUAAUCAACGGCCAUUGCUUGCAGAAUGAAAUGCAAAAAGCUAGAAGCGUUUUCAACUUGAUGAUUGAGAAGGGUUGUGAUAGUUACUUACAGCACCAUGAUCAAUGGAUAUUGCAAUGGUAAAAGGUUAGACGAAGCAAUGGAACUCUUUCAUGAAAUAUCUCGAAAGAGACCAAUCCCGCAUACUGUCACAUACAACACUCUUAUGCAGAGUAUGUUUCAGUUAGGGAAAGUUUCAACUGCAUGUGAACUUUUUAGAAAGAUGCUUGCUUCUGGACAAGUUCCAGAUAGACCUGUUUGAUUUUGCUGGAUGGUUUAUGCAAAACAGGUCAUAUCGAAGAGGCAUUGAAACUUUUUCAAGCAAUGCGAAACAGUGGGUUGGAACUUGAUAUUGUCCCAUAUAAUAUCCUAAUUGAUGGGUUGUGCAAAGCUGGGCAUAUCGAAUUUGCCAAGGAAUUAUUUCAUCAACUCUCAGACAAUGGCUUUAAACUGGAUGUUUACACAUAUUGUAUAAUGAUUAAUGGACUGUGUAAAGAGGGAUUGCCAGAUGAAGCAUACAGGUUGUUUGGGAGCAUGGGAGAUAAUGACUGUUUGCCUAAUAGCUGCUGUUAUAAUGAAAUGAUUCGGGGGUUCCUUUGCAACAGCUAUAACUCAAAGGCAACACAACUUCUUUCGGAAAUGGUUGGUAAGGGCUUUUCUGCAGAUAUAUUCACUGCCACCUUAUUUAUGGAUCUUAUCAUAUACUCUAAUAAAUCAAUCUUGCUCUGAAAUGUUUCACAAAUUGUGUAAAGAUCAUAACUUGCAAAUGUGAAUCAGUUUGUACAUAACCAUUUUACAGUGAUAAAAGAUUCUGGAAACUAGAAUGAGUUUUAGUGUCUAUUUUCAAUAUUGUUGAUUUUGUUCUGA